AUGCAGCUAUACCACCACCCGUUUUCAUUGGAUAGCCAGAAGGUGAGGCUCGCAUUGGAAGAAAAAAACAUCGACUACACGUCUUUCCACAUCAACCCCAUCACGGGCAAGAAUUUCGACAUCAGUUUCUUCCGGAAGAAUCCGAGCGGCAAGCUCCCGGUUUUCCAGAAUGGCUCCCACAUUUUAUACGACACGAUAGAAAUCAUCCAGUACAUAGAUAGAAUCGCGAUGGUCUCGUCGGGCUGUGACGGGCCCACGCUCGCCUCACCCGAGACCACAAAUUGGAUUAAAAAAAUCCAACAAUGGAACUCGGAAUACUUCACGCUCUCACACCUCCCGGCCAAACACCGCCUCUCGGCUUCGAAAUUCCUCAGGCGAGUAAUAAUCGCACGAAUGGCCGAGUGCCCGGAACUUGCGAGCGCAUACCACCAAAGGCUGAAAGAGGCUUACGAGACGGAGGAGAAACUCAAGGACUCAGAAGUUCUGACGAGAAGUCAAGUGCAGCUCGAGAGGAUACUUGACGAGGCGGAAAUUCGGCUGAACGAGAACAAGUAUUUGGUUGGGGAGAGUUUCACGCUGGCCGAUGUUGUGUUUGUACCUGUCCUGAGCCGGCUGGCGGUGUUGGAGUUGGAGGAGAAGUAUAUAGAAACGAGGCCGAAUGUGGCUGAGUAUUGGGGUUUGGUUCGGGAGAGGCCGAGCUACCGGAAAGUGAUCGGAAAGUUUUUUGAUGGGUGGAGGAGGCACAAGACUCUGUUUAAGACAUGGUGCUUUGUGAAGAUAAGGAGUUUAUUGAAACAGUAUUAG